AUAAUAUAAACUUAUCGAUCUUAGUUUGGAAGAAGUUGGACAUUGGACAAUUAUUCAGUUCCGCCGCGCCGCGUCCGGGUCAACUUGUGAUAUCGGUAUUCGUUACAGAAACCGAUUAGCCGAAUAACGUUUCUCUAGAAGCUGGCGACGCGCGACGCGGCCGCGGGCGGGCACGUAUCGCGCUAGCUAGAGGCCCUUUGGGGAUUUGAAUGACACAAGUUCAAGUUUAGCCCGCUCUUCAGUCUUCACUCUUCACUACCUCACUAGCAAUAGUAAUUUACAGAAUUGAGCGUAGAUGUGUUUGUUUGUUUUUUUUACCUUGCUUUUCUUAAGUUCGUUUAGGUAAAGUCUACAAAAAUAUAGGCUAGGUAGUAGAUAGAUUUAUUGUAAUUUGGAAGUUAUAUAAACAGUGUUUUUUAUAGCAGAUGUACCUACGCCCUUGUGCAAACAUUCCAAAGAUUGAGCUACUAUGGAUGUUGUGAUGUCGGAUGUUUUACCAUUAAGGAUUAAGGAGUUAGUGAAUGUCGUUCAGAAAAGUGAUCCCGCGGACGUCGAAGAUGCUCUGCCGGGCUGGGUGCGGCGUUGUCUGCUCCACCUGGUGACCGGACACGCCGACUCCUCACCAGAGAAAUCGACUUAUUGGAAUGACAAGCCAGAUCUUCUUAUACAAACCUUUCUCGAAUCAUUGCAAACUGGCAUAUGGGGUGACGGUUCUGUCUUAACCGAGGUGCUUUUAUCUCUUCUGGAAAAGAAAUCAGUUGAAUUAUUACUAAGUGAUUACUGCGAAACUUACCUUGACACCUUUGCUACUGUUUCUGAAGGAAUAGGUUUUACAAACUCACAGUUGAGUGCCACCAAAUUAGAGGAGUUUCUGAGAUUCUCGAAAAAGUACAAAAUCUUUUUUGAAAAGUUUUUCAUCGAAAAUAAUCAAACCAAUAAUAAAGCAGCCAGUGCUUCCGAUGUAAUUGCCAAAAGAUUGACCGAUCGUUUAAAAGCGGGCUUUAAAGAUACGAAAUUUUACUGGCAAACCUUAUCUAAGGCUAUUGUUAAUAAUAUUGAGUCUGAGCGACAGAAUAGAGGCAAAGUCUUUAAGGCCAUCGAGAUACAUAUAUUAAUACUUAAGUUUUUGAAGGCCAAUAACGAAAUCGUUAUAUGUAAUUACAAAUCUGGCUUCGAAGACUUCUUAAAUACGACAUGCAAUGCUUAUUUCUUACAAUCCGACAACAAGAAUAUGGAAGCGGCCGUUUUGGGAGCAUUACUUAGUUUUUAUGUGGAUUUGCAGAAUAUAGACGGGUUAUUAACCAAAGUGAAGGAUCACGGAUUAGAUUCACUAUACUCAGUUUAUGAUAAAGUGGUACGGGCAUGGCUCGAAAGCGAGGCGGCUAGUCGCUGCCUUGUCGACCUUGUGUUUGAGUUGGCGAAAUUCUUCACUGAAGAGGAACUGGAUCUUAUGUUUAAAUCCUUCGAAAAGUUACCUUUACCGGUGGUGCAGUGGUGCACGUCGGCGGGCCUGUCUCUGCCGCACUGCAGCGGCGCGGCGGCGAGGUGGCUGCGCGCCGACCUGCUCGAGCGCACGCUCGGCGCGCCCGAAGCUCGCCCCCGCCGACUAGCAGCUAUCAAAAUCAUUCUGGAAUGUCUUGCGCGUGAUGAAACGCUGCUAACUGCGAGUGCUAUUGACACGUUAUUAUCGCCAAACGUGACUCUGGUGACCGAUUGCCCCGCCCUCGCAUUGUCUCUACUUCUCCAUACUUUCGAACUUCAUCUGACAGUUCAGGUGGGGGACAACGAUGAGAGCGCGCGACGCCGGCAGCAAUGCGCGGAGGCGUGCGCGGCGCGCGCGCGGUUGCCGCACCGCGCCGCCGGCCAGUUCGCGCGCGGCGCCGCUGCCGCGCUGCAGCGCCGGCUCGCACUUCUCGAAUAUCCUUAUGAUGAGAUUUUCGUGAAUCAUUUGGCGGAAUUGAGUUUCUACAUAACGGAUUAUUUCAACCGAACCACAGAAAACGAUACGAUAGGAGAGAUCCACGAAAUACUUUUUGAAAAUCCAACAGAUUAUAAAUGUUCAACUACGGUGCGAACCUUCGCCCUGGUCAAAGACUGCAUCUUAGGGCUUUUGAACUGUCCCACGGAAGCGGAGGACGAGUCUCUCGGCUUCCGUCGCGAAGGAAUAAUGCCAAUUCUGGACGGGAACGAGGAAAUAUACCUGAGGAAGAAGGAUAUCGAAAUAUUUAGCCGGAAUGUUCUUUUCCGCGGGCUGUAUUUGCUGAAGGCAGCGAGCAACAUAGACAAAGCGAAAGAUUUCGCGCGGGGCGCGUGGUCGCCGGCGGUGCGGCGGCUCGUGCGCGCCUGCGCGGACCUCGCGCGCGACUUCGCCGUGCUGCACUCGCUGCACGAGGUGCACCCCGACAGCGCCUACUUCACCUACACCACGCCGCUGAUGCCGUUCGAUGAUAUUCUUCAAAAGGGAAAAAACUGGGCGUUGCGAUUUUUAUAUAAAAUAGAAAAAGAAGGUUGUAAAGAUUUUUUCGUAUCGGUCGUUAAAUUAUUGACCGACCUUUCGAAUAAGUACGGCUACUACUACGCAUACGCCCGCGCCCAUACAGUGUUCGAAGUCGCCAAAAGAGCACAAAAAGAUUUUCUAAAAAAGGAGUAUAUACAGAGAACGUUUUACGACAAGGAUGAAUCGGAGUUCAAGGAAUUGAUUCAAUCGAAUGGAUAUUUUCACAGCAUUCAGAUGAACGCGACCGACACGGCAUCGGAGGCGGGACUCACGCGCUGCGCGCGGGCCGCGCGCGUGGUGGCGGCGCGCACCGCCGCGCUGCGCCUGUGGCGCCGCCAGCCCGGCGCCGACCUGCCCGACGACCCGCGCCAUCCCGCCUGCCACAGCGCGCUGCCCGACGGGCGAGCUUCGGACAUGGAGUGGGAGGCGAUAUUGAGCCACAGCUCCCUGCUGUGGUACGUGUACUACAAAGACCGCAGCACGUCCAUGAGCGAGCUGCUGUUCUCCAUAGCGGCGCAGCCGGCGGUGCAGCAGGCGCUGGCCGCGCUGGCGCGCGAGCCGGCGCUCAUCACCGCUAAGGUCGCAACUUUGGCUUUACCGACUUUUCGAAUUGUGAAGGCUACGUAUUAUCAUUCUAAAAGAGAGGGAGACGCGUAUAUAGAUUCCAGGCUGCGAAACUUGUAUAAACUUGUCGGCGAAGUUUACCUUAACAUUUUACGUUUUGGAACACAGAAUAAGAAAAGAGGAGGAUCAGCGGACGAACUAUGCAUCUGCGAAGCGUUGACGACGGACGCUCUGCUCAAACUCGCCGAAAUACUGGCCAUCGAACCCGAUCUGUCGCCCCUAAAGAGGUCUCCUCAUUUAGAGGCGAUGCCGGCGGAGCUGCGCGCGGCGGCGCUGGCGGCGCUGGGCGGCGCGCGGCCCGCGCUGCAGCACGUCGCCUACCGCGCGCUCGACAUGCUGGCCGCGCGCCUGCUGCAGCAGGACGUUCAAUUGAAGAAGUCCGAAACCCUGUCGUUAUACUUGGAUCUGUUGUGCGCUAUGCGUCGGAAGUGGCCGGCGAUCGUGAGCGCGGAAGAGUCGCUGCCGGCGCCCGCGGUGAGCGCCGGCUUCCUGCUGACGGCGCUGCUGGCGCUGCGGCUCUGCGCCGCGGCCGGCUCGUGCAAGCUGCGCGACCGGCUCGUGCGCAUCAUGGGGCGGCACCGCGGCUUGGUGGCGGACGUGGUGCGCGCGGCGCUGGCGCGGCUGCCGGCGCGCCGCCGCUGCGCGCAGGCGCUCGCCGCCUGCCCCGUGCCCAGCAACGUCACCGAGCCUCGCGCCAUGUUCAUAGCCGAUCCGGAUCGGCUGGCGCAGGAGCUGUCGACGAUCGUGCUGGGCUGCGCCGUGGACGUGGCGAGCGGGGGGGUGCGCGCCGCGCUGCCCGCGCUGGCGCCCGCCGACCGCGAGCUGCUGCGCCUGCUCGUGCGCCUCCACUUCGGGUGGACCUUUGUCAAAGCCCAGUUUAAAAGCCUGCCCGCCACGUACCCCGAGUACCGAAUCAAGGUGACGAAGACGGCCCGCUCGGUGGAGUGCAAGAAGUGGUGGAAGGAAGAGGCGGUGGUGGUGGAGCUGAGCGAGCUCCACCCGCUGGAGCCGCCCGAGGUGCGGAGCGUGGGCGGCUGCGAGGCCGCCGCCGCCGCUCUGCGGACCGCGAUCGCCGAACUGGUACUUCUCUUUUCUCAAACUCGGUGGUGGACGCGCAAAUUGGCCGGUGAGCCGCCCGUCUGCGAGCGACACAGCCGCUGGCUGUCGAAGGCGCUGGCCGGCUGGGUGCCCACGUUCGGGUAGCGCGGCGACGGGCGCCUGCCGCCUGGCCGCUGCAGCUGGGGGCUGGGGCCGGUGCGCAGCGCGCAGUGUGCAUCGACCGCUCCCAUUGCAGUUUGCGCAGCCGCAUGCCUCACAUUGAUAUUAUAAUUCUUUCUUCGAUAAAAUUGUUCAUAAAAAGUGUAAUAUUGUUAUGGUAUAUCGUGCAUUUAUUUUAUAAUAAAAUAAAAACAAACGAA